GUUUAGACCCUCGCUUCACGCCAAGAUUAGAUUAACCCAAUCACCUUUGUUCAUAUAUGUGGUUUUAGUAUAUCCAAGCAAAUAUUAUAGACCAAUAUCAUCAAUCAAAAAAUCAAAAAAUUAUCAAAUGGCUAAAAAAAUGAUGCCAUCUUCCUUAAUCCAUUCAAUCUCCAUCCUAAUUAUGUUACUAAUAAUUUCCGAUUCAACAUCAGCGUUAGAUUUGUGGUGGAAUUACUGCCCGAACACUACUAUGUUCGGCAACAAUACUAAAUAUGAAUUCAAUCUCAAUAAACUUUUCAAUUAUCUAACAACCAAUGCAACAACCCUUUCUCGCUAUCACCAAGCAAGUGUUAACGAUAGCGUGUAUGGUCAUUUCCUAUGCCGUAGCGACUUGACCACUUCCGCAUGCCAAAAUUGCGUAACGGUUGCCACCACGCAAGACAUACCAAUAAAAUGUCUGAAUCGAAAAAACGUAAUAUUAUGGUACGAUACGUGUUUGGUCAGGUAUUCUAACCAAUCAUUUUUCGGUACAAUGGACGCAUACCCAGGAAUUGAAUUUAAUAAUGUGAAUAACAUAACGGGAAAUGUUACACGAUAUGAGGAAGUACUAGGGAAUAUGAUGAAUAAUGUGAUUGCUGUUGGAGCGGCGGCUGGUGGGCAGAGGAAAUUCUCGAUAGAUUCGGUAGUUUUUUCAAGUUUUCAGAAAAUAUAUGGGAUGGGGAUGUGUACGCCGGAUAUAAGUCAAAUUGAGUGUAAUGAAUGCUUAGUGCGUGCGUUUGAUUUAAUAACAACGCACACUCAGGGUGGUAGAAUUUUGGUGCCUAGUUGUUUCGUUCGGUAUGAGAUUUAUCCUUUAUUUGAUUUGUCGUUGCUGGCUUCGCCACCACAGUCGUUGCCAUCACAACAGCCACCACCAUCACCACGACGGUUUAGGGAGAAGAAAAAAACUUCAACGAAGACGAUGAUCUUCUUCACAGUCAUCCCUAUAAUGGCCCUCAUACUAGCUUUUCUUUCAAUCGCCAUUGGUUAUUUCAGAUAUAAGAACUCAAAGAAACAUCAAUUUUUGGUCGAACCAGGUGAAGAUUUUACUGAUACGGAGAUCUUUCAGUAUGAUUUAGAAACAUUACAAGUUGCAACAAAUAAUUUUUCAGAUGAGAAUAAACUGGGUGAAGGUGGAUUUGGCGGUGUCUACAAGGGCAUACUAUCAAAUGGGCAGCAAAUAGCGGUGAAGAGACUGUCUAUGAACUCUACCCAAGGAUUUGAACAAUUCAAGAAUGAGAUUUCAUUAGUAGCCAAGCUUCAGCAUAGGAAUUUAGUGAGAGUAUUGGGAUUUUGCUUUGAGGGUUCGGAAAAGCAACUAGUCUAUGAAUACGUUCCCAACAAUAGCCUCGACAAAUUUCUCUUUGAUAAUCGAGGACUAUUAGACUGGACAAAGCGUUAUAAAGUCAUUAAGGGCAUCGCUAGGGGCAUGCUUUAUUUGCAUCACGAUUCUCAACUUAGGAUUAUACACCGAGAUCUUAAGGCAAGUAAUGUUUUACUGGAUGCUGAAAUGAACCCUAAGAUUUCAGACUUUGGUUUGGCAAGGAUUUUUGGUAUGGAUCAAAGCCAAGAAAACACUAGCAGGAUUGUCGGAACAUAUGGAUACAUGUCUCCAGAGUAUGCAAUGCAUGGAGAAAUCUCUAAUAAAUCAGAUGUAUAUAGCUUUGGUGUGUUGGUCUUGGAAAUAGUAAGUGGUAAGAGAAAUAACACAUUUUAUCAAUCAGGCGAUACAGAAGACCUUCUCUGCUUUGCUUGGAAGAAAUGGAGAGAUGGCAUGGUUAUAGAAUUCAUUGAUGAAACAAUAAGGGAGUCAUGCUCACAUGAUGAGGUUAUGAGAUGUAUACACCUUGGUUUGCUUUGUGUUCAAGAAUCAGCUGAAGAUAGACCUUCCAUGGCCACAAUAGUGCUUACAUUAGAUAGCUACUCUGUCACACUCCCAAUACCCGAAGGACCAGGUUUCUCUAUAAGGUCUAGAGGGAAAUCAUCCUUCACUAAGGAUACAAUUAAUUCAAACAACUCGUCGGGAAAUUCAGCACCUUUGUCCGUCAAUGAUGUCUCAAUCACCGAACCAGAGCCUAGGUAAUAUUUUGGCAAACAAAUCACGACUCGAGUCUCGAUUUGUUACACUUACCAAGAGGUGUUUAUUGGGUCGGGAUCAAAAAAGACCCUUGUUUUGAUGAUGUUAGAAUUUACUUUUUACUUUGAAAUUUGGAAAAUAUAACUUUACAUCACCUAACCUAUGUUAUGAUUGUUUGUGCUAAAACAUCAUUUAAUACAUAUACUAAUAUGUUUGUUUUUGAGUUUGUUUAUACGCCUUUGA